AUGAGCUUCUUCCUGCAGGCGGUGUUCUUCGGAGCAGCUGUGCCAGUGGUGUGCGUUGUGGUGUGCUGCGCUCUGCUGGCGGUGUCCAACCCCGACAGCCUGCUCACCAGCUGCGUGUCGAUGACGGCCGCCGUGUGCGCCACGCACAUGCUGCUGCACCGCUGGGAGGACUCGCCGCGCCGCUACCAGAUCCUGGCCAUACUGUCGAUGCCGGCCGUGUACGCGUGCCUGACAGGCCUGCAGCAGCUGGUACCCCAGCAGGCCUUGCACCUGGGGGUGUGCGCCGAGAUCUACGAGGGCCUGGGCCUGGUGACGUUCCUGCUGCUGCUCCGCUCCCUGGCGGGCGCGGGGGCCUCCGAGGGCUCGCCCGGGCUGCGGGCGAGAGCGGGCGCCUCCCAGUGGGGCUGCGGGGCCCCGUCCUACGAGUGCAUGGCCGCGACGCUGCCGGUGUACAAGAUUGCCUUCCUGAUCGUGUCGACGGUAGACGCCACCUCUGGACUGGACCUGGGCUACGCUCUUAGCCGGGCCGACUUGCUGUGCAGUUUCUGCCUCGGGUGCGUCGCGCUAACGGCGAUCGGGCGCCUCCUGGCGCACUUCACCGAGUCGCUGGGGAGCAGCGCGCUGCUCCUGAAGCACAAGUUCUGGGCGGUGAAGGGGAUAGUCACCGUGAUGUUCAACCAGUCGCUGCUGCUGUGGGCCCUGGACCGGCCGCUGCAGCGCCUGCUGGACCUGCUCGAGAUGGAGGCGCGCGAGGACUUCGUCGCCACCUUGGUGGCCAUGGAGAUGCUCUUCCUGAGCCUCUGGCACACCGUCGCCUUCCCCGUCUCCGGCGACAGCGCCGCCGCCGCGCCGGGCGGCAGGCAGAGGGCGCUCCUGGCGGGCAGCGGCGCGGCCAGCUCGAGCGGCGAGGGGGAUUGGCUCUGGCCGUGGAUGGUGGCUCAGAUGACGGU